AUGGCAACUGAGAGCAAGCCUAAAACACAAGAGACUUUAGAUUCAUGGUUUCAUAAAUUGCAUGCUGUGAGUAGAUCAGCUACAGAGGCUCAGAAACAAUCCAGUGAUCAAAGCCAACGUGGAAGAAUGGUCAGAAUCGAAGCUGAUAUUAAUGCAAAAUAUGAUCAGUUGGAUACAAACAAUCGACUUUCUGAAAGAAUUUUGACCGUCAGAAAGUUAAGAGACCGCCUUUCGGAUUUAAAAAUAGAACUCGAAAAAAGUAUUCUUCGGCUAUCAGACUCAAAAAUGAUAACUGAAAAUUUUAUGGUAAAAGUGUCUGAAGCACAAACAAUAAAUGUUGAAUGCCUUACACAUCGUGACAAGCGUCGUGGUAAAGAAUAUGUUUCCGAUCCUGUUCAGGAUGAACUUUUGGCCGAACAGCGCCUGCUUAGUGAAGUUCAAGGUAAUCUCCAGAAUGAUAUCGAAGAGGCAUUUAGGCAACUCUGUAUUAUGCAGGAUGCUCAUACGUCUUUCCAUGAAGACAUAAUGAAUAAAGAAACUGCAAUAGAAAUUGAUAUUGAGCAAUACAAUAUGAAUGAAAAAUCUGCUCAGAUCGGCUUCAAACCAUAUGCAACCAGAAAGCCAGAAUGGUAA